AUGGAUUUAGCAGAUAUUACUGAAUUUCGUACAACAUGGAACAAUGAAAUUUUUCUUAAAAAUAAAUCUACUUUUUUAACAGCAAAACGAUUAAUUAGAAAAAGUAUUAUUAUUGUUCAAGCACGAUUAUGUCGUCAAUUAAAAUAUGCGGAAAAUAAUUUAACAAUUGAAUUACAAGCUAUAGAACACGAAAAACAAAUAUUGAAUAAUUAUAGUCAAUCGAAUUCAUUAGCUGAACAUUUACAACAAAGAUUGAAAAUAUUAAAAAAUGAAAUUGAUAAUUAUAAUCUUCAAAUAAAAAAUAUAGUUAAAAAAGAAAAAGAAUAUUGGAAACAAUUAGAACAAACAAUUUCAAAACGAACAAAUAUACAUAAAACAACAACGAAUAACUUCAAACCUUUAGAAAAUUCAUCCAAUGCUCAACCAAUAGUUGUUGUCAAUGCUGCAUUUGUUAUGCAUGUUGAUAAAAAUAAUGAAAAUUUACCUCCAUUAGAAUAUAAAUCUUGUGAAAGAGAUAAUAAGUCUCCUGUAAAAAUAUCUAAAAUUCGUAAAAAGAAAAAAUGUACAUCGUAG